UCCGUGUGAGGACCAGGCUCCGAGGCCCCGUCUUAGGGGGGCCUGCCACCUCCCUGGACCCCAUCAGGGCCCCAGCAUGGUGUGCACCUCUGACCACCCUCCUGUGGCCGCCAGGAGAGACGAGAGCUCACGGAGCCCAGCGAGGCGAGGGCCCGGCCGGCCGAGGAAGCGAAAAUACUCCAGCUUGCUGCCCACCCUGCGUCCUGGGGGCCAGCUCCCCAGGGGCGAUGUCAAGAAAGUCAAGGCGGUGCGGUCCAGCCUGAGCCUGCUGUGCGCCGAGCUUCGGGGCGACGAGGGGCCCACGAAGAAGCGGAGCCGCCUGGAGAAGGGCGUCUACCUGGGCCUGCAGCCCAGCUCCGGGGAAAAGGUCCGGUGCGCGAAGAGCCGCGGGCAGGGAGAGCUGGCGGCCACCGUGGCCCGCAAGGUCGCCCAGCUGAAGCCCACAGUGAGGAGCAAGGGGCUGCCGGCUGGCCUCGGCCCCUUCCCAGGGGCACGUGUCCGGAAGAAGCUGUCCCGACCAGACAGGCUGACCUGGGGUUAUCUGACCCCCAGACCAGGAGCCUGA